GGGUGAAGGCGGUUGGGAGGAGAAGUCGCUCGAGCGGGGAAGCGGCGGCCGUUAGGAAAAUGGCGCCGUGCGGCCCGGGGCAGACCCCCGUCACUGGUCACCGCCGCCUUCCUGGCGCAGCUGCUGUGUCACGGCCACACCGGCCGGCUGUACAGCAGGCAGGAGCCGGUGACCAUUCUGGAGGCGGAUGGGGUUAAGGGCCUGUUUGGGAACUGGUCGGCCGCCUGGGUGGUGGAGUUCUACUGGUCGUGGGGCGGCCCCUGUGUCAACUAUGGGGCCACCUGGAAGGUACUGGGCCCGGGAGGUGAAAGGGCCACCAGAAGCCUUCUCAGUACUCUACAAGUGACUUCACCAACAUCCUGUACAACUUCAACAUGAUGUCCCAACUCCUUUAUUCAAUGGUGUGAACUAUUAAGAGUAUUUGAAAAUCUGAAGACUGAAGUUUCAAAAUCAACAGAUGAAGGGCUUAUGCCCGAAACAUUGACUCUUCCUGCUCCUCGGAUGCUGCCUGACCUGCUGUGCUUUUCUAGCGCCACAUUUUUUUGACUGAUUCUCCAGUGUCUGCAGUCCUCACUUUGAUGUCAAUGUCUGACAGUCACUCAAUCCAUCGGGACCACAACAAUUUAUGACUGUGAUUUCUGUGAGAGGGAUCAACGCUUUUUGGUUCCUGUUUGAGGACGUUUUCAGCAUCAGGUGGGACUGGACGAGAGACCCCACUGUUGCAACGCACUGUGUGUGGAGCCUGAAACAGUUAUACAGCCUGGGAAGGGGAUUUCACGGCAGGGAGGGGCUCUACACGUGUUUGUGUGCAGCUGAAGCUGUGGCCAUGGAGAAAGCUGAGGAAUCCCGCCCUGUGGAGAAACCGUGGAAGUGUGGUGACUGUGGGAAAGGCUUCCGUGUCCCGUCUGCCCUGGAGACUCAUCGACGCAGUCACACCGGGGAGAGGCCAUUCCCCUGCACCGAGUGCGGGAAAGCCUUCAGACAUUCCUCCCACCUGCUGGCCCACCAGCGGGGCCACAUGGGGGAAAAACCCAUCAGCUGCCCAGAUUGUGGGAAGGCCUUCAUAUAUUUCUCUGCCCUGUUGGCCCAUCGGCGGAUCCACACAGGAGAGAGGCCUUUCAGCUGCCCUGAGUGUGGGAAGGCCUUCAGGUCUUCCGCCACCCUGCGGACCCACCGGCGUUUCCACGCGGGGGAAAGGCCGUUCAGCUGCACCGAGUGCGGGAAGGCCUUCAGGUAUUCCUCCACCCUGCUAAGCCACCAGCGUGUCCACACGGGGCAGAGGCCCUUCAGCUGCCCUGAGUGCGGGAAGGCCUUUACCGACGUCUCCACCCUGCUGAGGCACCAGCGGAUCCACACCGGGGAGAAGCCCUUCAGCUGUCCCGACUGCGGAAAGGCCUUUACCAACACCUCCUCCCUGAUGAGGCACCAGCGGAUCCACACCGGGGAAAGGCCCUUCAGCUGCUCUGAGUGUGGGAAGGCCUUCAGCUAUUCCUACAACCUGCGGAGCCACUGUCGUGUCCACACAGGGGAGAGGCCCUUCAGCUGCCCCAAGUGCGGGAAGGCCUUUACCCACGUCUCCGCCCUGCGGAGCCACCAGCGGGUCCACACCGGGGAGAGGCCCUUCAGCUGCCCCGAGUGUGGGAAGGCCUUUACCCACAUCUCAGCCCUGCGGAGCCACCGGCGUGUCCACACCGGGGAGAGACCCUUUAGCUGCCCUGAGUGCGGGAAGGCCUUUACCGACAUCUCCUCCCUGAUGAGGCACCAGCGGGUCCACACCGGAGAAAGGCCCUUCACCUGCCCCGUGUGUGGGAAGGCCUUUAGCAACACCUCCUCCCUGAUGAGGCACCAGCGGAUCCACACGGGGGAGAGGCCCUUUACCUGCUCUCAGUGCGGGAAGGCCUUCAGCAGUUCCUCCACGCUGCUGACCCACCAGCGGGUCCACACCGGGGAGAGACCGUACACCUGCCCUCAGUGCGGGAAGGGCUUUACCUGCUCCUCCAACCUGCGGAGCCACCAGCGGAUCCACACCGGGGAGAGGCCCUUCAGCUGCCCCGAAUGCGGGAAGGGCUUCACCCGCUCCUCCCACCUGCAGAGCCACCAGCGGCAGGACCACACGGGGAAAAGACCCUUCAGCUGCCCCGAUUGUGGGAAGGCCUUCAUGUUUUUCUCCGCCCUGUUGGCCCAUCGGCGGAUCCACACGGGGGAGAGGCCCUUCAGCUGCCCAGAGUGCGGGAAGGCCUUUACCCAGGCCUCCACCCUGCUGAGGCACCAGCGUGUCCACACAGGGCAGAGGCCCUUCAGCUGCUCUCAGUGCGGGAAGGCUUUUACCCACGUCUCCUCCCUGCUGACCCACCAGCAUGUCCACACAGGGCAGAGGCCCUUCAGCUGCUCUCAGUGCGGGAAGGCUUUUACCCACGUCUCCUCCCUGCUGACCCACCAGCGUAUCCACACGGGGGAGAGGCCAUUCACCUGCUCUCAGUGCGGGAAGGGCUUCACCUACUCCUUCAACCUCCAGACCCACCAGCGGGUCCACACCGGUGAGAGGCCCUUCAGCUGCUCAGAGUGCGGGAAGGCCUUUACUCAGGUCUCCACCCUGCUGAGGCACCAGCAGGUCCACACCGGGGAGAGGCCCUUCAGCUGCCCCGAGUGCGGGAAGGCCUUCAGCAAUUCCUCCGCCCUGCUUACCCACCAGCAUGUCCACACGGGGGAGAGCCCCUUCAGCUGCCCAGAGUGCGGGAAGGCCUUUACCCAGGCCUCCACCCUGCUGAGGCACCAGCGUGUCCACACGGGGGAAAGGCCCUUCAGCUGCCCUGAGUGUAGGAAGGCCUUCAGCGAUUCCUCCACCCUGCGGAGUCACCAGCGGGUCCACACUGGGGAGAGGCCGUUCACCUGCUCUCAGUGUGGGAAGGGCUUCAUCUGCUCUUCCAACCUGCGGAGACAUCGGCAUGUCCACACGGGGGAAAGGCCCUUCAGCUGCCCCGAGUGUGGGAAGGCCUUCAGCAAUUCCUCCGCCCUGCUGGCCCACCAGCGGGUCCACACUGGGGAGAGGCCGUUCACCUGCUCUCAGUGUGGGAAGGGCUUCACCUGCUCCUCCACCCUGCGGAGCCACCAGCGGAUCCACAUGGAGGAGAGGCCCUUCAGCUGUGCUCAGUGUGGGAAGGGCUUCACCUGCUCCUCCCAUCUGCUGACCCACCGGCGGGUCCACACGGGGGAGAGGCCAUUCACCUGCUCUCAGUGCGGGAAGGGCUUUACCUCCUCCUCCACCCUGCAGACCCACCAGCGGAUCCACACGGGGGAGAGGCCGUUCAGCUGCUCAGAGUGCAGGAAGGCUUUUACCCAGGUCUCCACCCUGCUGAGGCACCAGCGUGUCCACACCAGGGAGAUGUCCUUCAGCUGCCCCGGAGGUGGGAAGGCCUUCAGUGAUUCCUCCACCCUGCUGACCCACCGGCGAGUCCACACCGGGGAGAGGCCAUUCACCUGCUCUCAGUGUGGGAAGGGCUUCAGGUAUUCCUCCCACUUGCUGACCCACCAGAGGGUCCACACGGGGGAGAAGCCCUUCAGCUGCCCCGAGUGUGGGAAGGCCUUCAGCACAUCUUCCUCCCUGCUGAGGCACCAGCGGAUCCACACCGGGGAGAGGCCGUUCAUCUGCUCUCAGUGCGGGAAGGGCUUCACCUACUCCUCCCAACUGCGGAGCCACCAGCGAGUUCACGUGCCUUCACAGGGGGAUUGAAGGAGUGACGGCCGAGUCCCAUUAUCGAUUGGAAUAUCAACCCGGUUCCGGGGACUCCCAGGUUUGAAUCCCGCCACGACAGAUGGCAGAAUUGGUAUACGGUUAGAAAUGUGGAGUUUGGAAUCUAACGAUGAGACCAUUUCAGGGAGGGGGUGGUGCAGGGGAGAAAGCCCCCAUCUGAUUCCCUCUCUCCCUUGUUAGGGAAGGGAACCGCCAUUGUGGGAAAGGAUACACUCAGUCGUUCCAGCUGCAUCCUUUACCCGGUCUGGCCUACACGUGACUCCAGACCCACAGCAGUCUGGUUGACUCUACACUGCCCUCCCCACACUGGCAAAGGAGCGGGGAGAAACUUACUUGGAGACAGGGUAUGGUUUGAAAUUGCUGAGUGAGGCAAUACUUCCUCCGGGUUACGGCUGUACCAAGGAUCCAAUUACAAAGGGACAACUUGGUGCUGACCAAUAGUAAAGACAGUGAGGGGGGCACUGGGGAGGUGUGGUGUGUGCACUUUCACCUUGAGCUGUUCAAAAAGCAACUCCUUUUUCUCUGCCUUUUUGCUGGGGGGAUCUGAAACUGUAACAAAGUUGGGUUGCAAUAAAGGUUACCUGAACUUA